UUUCAGAUCUAAAUUCUCUCAUCUCUCUUAUGCUUUUUCCUCUCUGAAUUCCUUUAGCUUGUGCUAGGGUAUAGAGAAAUCUCCAGGCUAGUCCUCUGAUUUCUCUUGGUUUGGUUGUUGAUUGUAUUGAAUUCUUUCCCAUUUCAAUAUAAGUAGUUGUUCUUGUGGUGUUGGUUUGUUUGGUUGCUGAAUUUUUCUACAGGAAAGUAGCUGAAGCUUGGAGAUCGGCAUCAUCCUCGCACGGGCUUCUUCUCGAUCAGGCUUCCCAUCGCUGAUCCCUUGAGCUUCCCAUCGCCGAUUCCUAAUUUCCUCUCUUGUUUGUGGUUUCUGUUUGCGUUGCAUUCUGAGCAUUGAUGACAUAAGGAAUUGUUGUAAAGCAAAAGUGCCUUGCUUUGAUUUUGAGAACCGUAGUCGUAAUGGAUUCAAGGAACUUCAAGUUUCUGAGGACUGCGGAGUGGUUGAUUGGAUACUCCAAUCUUGCGAGUUGUUCUAUUAAAUAUAACACAAGUGGGCAGUAAUUUGUUUUUAAUCAGAUAAGCCACUUAAUUAUAUUAGGAUUUUUCUCUCUUCUGUUUGGCUGUUUGGUGUAAGCUAAACUAUUCUUUUGAUACAAGUAGUUAUUUGCUUCAUAAAAAUGAAUAAAUAAUGAAAUUUAUUAAUAAAAAAAUAAUAUAAAAUAAAUUGAGAAAUAUAAUAAGAUAUUCGGAUAAGAAAAUAAAUAAAGAAAGUGGGAUAGAUUAUUAGUAGUGAUCGGUGCCCCUACUAGCCAAUAUUUUGCAUAUGAUGAAUACUUUUAUUUUUUUAUUUUAUUGUGUGUGCGAGCUUCUCUUAUUCAGGAAGAAAAAGACACAUUUAGUUUGUUUCAAUGCAUGCUUCUCUCUUACAGCUCUUGAUCCUGGUUGAUGAUACUGGUAGUUGUUUUCCUGCAAUCAACCAUCCACCAUGGAAUGGGGUUACACUCGCGGAUUUCUUAUGCCCUUCUUCUUAUUUAUAGUUGGUGUUGCUCUUGGACUAGCAUACAAGAGAGUGCCAAAUAGAGUUGUUGCAACAAGAAAGGCUAUACUCCGGGCUCUGAAGUUGUGCCUUUUAGGCCUUGUUCUCCAAGAGUGCUUGACAUCUUCAAUUUCUGUGAACUGUGAGUUGACAACUCCUAAUAAACACCAUUGCAAAGAGUUUCCUGUAAAUCAGACAACGGAACCUGCUAUUGAUUCUUCCUUUGAUCAUUCACUCUUGUGUUUAACUAACCCUGUGAAGGAAGAGGAGCAUUUUCCCAGUGAAAAGGCUGGGUGAAGAGGUCGAUACAAAAGCCGUGGAAGAGGUCAACUUCCUCAAAAUUCAAAUAAGGAUGGUACUGCACUAAUUCUACUCAUGCGUUUUUACUAUGGCUUCUAUUUCCACUUUUCUUUUACACAUGUUCAUUCUUAGAAUUUGUUAUACAUAAUGAUACAUUAUAGUGAAAUAUGACAUAUAUUCCCAGUUACUUAACUCUAGAAUACUCUUGUGUGUCUGUGUAAAUCAAACACAGAAUGCUUGGCUUGUAUUCCAGAUGGCUUGUCAUUGUCAUUGGGAGGGAUAUCAACCAUGUUGCUAAUAGGCUUGACAAUCUAAUUUAAACCAAAUUAAGCUUUAAAAUGAAU